AAUUAAAAAUAAUUUGAGUUAGUGUUAAUAUUAUCAUUAUCCACUUCUAUAUGGUUUUAUGUUUCCUUCUUCUGUUUUUAAAUCCUUAGGUUUACAUUUGGAUCUGGAAGAGCAAUGGAGAAUACAUCAUACGAAACAAUUUUCAUACUCACUCCUUUCCAAGACAUGGGGAACAAUAAAGAUAUAUAUUUUUGCAUUUCACUUGUUUUUUAUCUUCUAAUAAUUAUUUUAAAUGUAUCAUUAAUUAUAUUCAUAUAUCUAGAAAAAAACCUGCACGAACCAAUGUAUAUUUUCCUUUCUAAUUUGUUGUUUAGUGGACUAACUGGAUCCACAAGCUUUUAUGUUAAAUUCAUGAUUGACCUUCGAGCCAGCACUCCAGUUGUAUCUCGUUCAGUUUGUUUCAUUCAGGUUUUUCUUAUUUAUACUUAUGUGUUUGGGGAAAUAACUAUUCUAACCGUUAUGGCGUAUGACAGGUAUAUAGCCAUCAACUGGCCACUGCAAUACACAAUAAUUAUUUCAGACAGAAAAAUAAAAAAGCUCAUUUUUCUGUCCUGGAUCUAUCCUUGUUGUAUGGUGGCCUUGGGCACGGCACUAACUGCGCGUCUCUCUUUAUGUGGUAAUCGGAUCAACUGGCUGUACUGUAACAACUGGGAAAUUGUAAAGUUAUCUUGUCUAGAAACUGUUAUUAAUAGUAUUUAUGGACUUGUGUUUUCUUUUACAUUUUUUGUACCAUUUAUUUUCAUUAUCUAUUCUUAUAUUAAAAUUCUUAUAUUGUGCUGGAACAAUUCUAGGACUCACAAACAUAAAGCUUUUCAAACUUGUCUCCCCCAUUUAAUAACAUUAGCUUUGUUUUUAAGUUCAAUAACCUUUGAGGCAACAGAAAGCAGAGUUAACUUGAAGAGAACAAUGAAUGGAGUGUCUACUGUUGCUUCAUUAGAGUGCCUAAUAAUCCCUCCUAUUUUAAAUCCAUUAAUAUAUGGUAUCAUUUUGCCUGGGAUACGCAAAAGAAUCAUUUACAUGUUUUCAUGUAAGAACAAAAAAGACGAAAUUAUGUAAUGCAAUAGGCUUAAUUUAGAAAUGUAAUUUCUUGCACAUUAAGAAAAACACUGGAUUGAAAUGAAAACAAAAAUAUUUUGCCUAUCAUUAACUU